UGCGGAGGCACAACUUCCGGAGGGAGGCGGAAGAGCGUCUCGGCUUUACGCUCCGAGGUCCCGGGACCACUGAGAGGCCACCUGGGGUAGAGGCAAGGGUCGGCGGGGCGGGCCGGCCGCACUCGGGGUGUCGGAGCCGCGGGUCUGAGGGAUGAGGAGGCGCCAUGGCCAGCGACGGGGCCAGGAAGCAGUUCUGGAAGCGCAGCAACAGCAAAGUCCCGGGCAGCAUCCAGCAUGUGUAUGGCGCCCAGCACCCCCCAUUUGAUCCACUGUUACAUGGCACCUUGCUCAAGACCACGCCCAAGGUGCCGACCACACCCGUGAAGGCCAAGAGAAUUAGCACCUUCCAAGAGUUUGAGAGCAACACCAGCGAUGCCUGGGAUGCUGGCGAAGACGACGACGAGCUCCUGGCCAUGGCGGCGGAGAGCCUGAACACCGAGGUGGUCAUGGAGACGGCCAACCGGGUCCUGCGCAACCACAGCCAGCGGCAGGAGCGACACAAGCUGCAGGAGGCCCCAGGGCCUGAACAGAAGCCGAAGCCUGUGGCAGAGCCUCCUUCCAUCCCAAGUGGCGACCUCCGGCUGGUGAAGUCUGUCAGCGAGAGCCACACGUCCUGUCCGGCAGAAAGUGCCAGCGACCCUGUCCCUCUGCAGAGAUCCCAGUCUCUCCCACACUCGGCGACAGUUGCGCUGGGUGGGACGUCUGAAUCCAGUACCCUCGGCAGCUCUGCGUUAAGGGAAAGAGAGGCCUCUCGGCUGGACAAGUUCAAGCAGCUCCUUGCUGGCCCCAACACAGACCUCGAGGAAUUACGGAAGUUGAGCUGGUCUGGGAUCCCUAAGCCGGUUCGUCCAAUUACAUGGAAGCUACUCUCAGGUUACCUUCCUGCCAACGUAGACCGAAGACCAGCCACUCUCCAAAGAAAACAGAAAGAAUAUUUUGCUUUUAUUGAGCACUAUUACGAUUCUAGGAAUGAUGAAGCUCACCAAGAUACGUAUAGACAGAUCCACAUAGACAUCCCUCGAAUGAGUCCGGAAGCAUUAAUACUUCAACCCAAAGUGACGGAGAUUUUUGAAAGGAUAUUGUUCAUAUGGGCGAUCCGUCACCCCGCCAGUGGAUACGUGCAGGGGAUAAAUGACCUUGUCACUCCUUUCUUCGUGGUCUUCAUUUGCGAAUACAUAGAGCAAGAGGACGUGGACGCUGCCGACGUCUCCCGCGUGCCUGCAGAAGUGCUGCGCAACGUGGAGGCUGACACGUACUGGUGCAUGAGCAAGCUGCUCGAUGGCAUUCAGGACAACUACACCUUUGCCCAACCUGGGAUUCAGAUGAAGGUGAAAAUGUUGGAAGAGCUCGUGAGCCGGAUCGACGAGCAAGUCCACCGGCACCUGGACCAGCACGAGGUGAGGUACCUGCAGUUCGCCUUCCGCUGGAUGAACAACUUGCUGAUGAGGGAGGUUCCCCUGCACUGCACCAUCCGCCUGUGGGACACCUACCAGUCUGAACCUGAGGGCUUCUCUCAUUUCCACUUGUACGUUUGCGCUGCUUUUCUCGUGAGAUGGAGGAAAGAAAUACUAGAAGAAAGAGAUUUUCAAGAGCUGCUGCUCUUCCUCCAGAAUCUGCCCACAGCCCACUGGGGCGAUGAGGACAUCAGCCUGCUGCUGGCCGAGGCCUACCGCCUGAAGUUUGCCUUUGCGGAUGCCCCCAAUCACUACAAGAAAUGAGCUGGGGCCACUGCAGCGGGCCUCACCCCGCCCCGGGCAGCACGCCCCCGGCUGGCUGCAGGCCCGCAGCCAAGGAGAGGCCUCAUGGGAGCAGCCCGCCCUCCGGGGAGGUGCCAGGACCGGGUGCCAGACGUGGCCCAGAGCCUGGCCAGGCGGGGCUGCCUCUGUUUUCUGAGAUACCAAAGAGAGCCAGCAGAGGGUCCUGGCCGUGCGGCGGGCCAGAGAGGGGUCAGGCACCUUCCUCCCCUUGCCCCUGGAGCGUGCUUGCCAAAUGCCCACCUCCUGGAGCCCCCAGCCUACAGCAGCCUGAGAGGCAGACCCUCUGGGAGAGGCCUGCUGCCUGGGUGCUGGGGACAGAGGGAGGCGGCAGCUGUUUCAUCCCUCCUUGGAAAUGCAAAGAUUCUGUUCUGUUGAG